AUGUCUCCGCCACCGCCAACGCAGACACUCGCAGGGGGCGCAGUGACCAUCAAUCACGUGCGCCUCCAUCCCUACUCGUCUCGCCUUCCCACCGACCAGCCGGCGCUGGCGAUGGUAUGCACAAUCAAUCGGCCGUCUGUCAAGAACGCCGUGGACCGGUCAACCGCCACCACCCUCCACGAUGCAUUCACCGCCUUUGCCCACGAUCCUUCGCUGCAGGUAGCAAUCCUCACCGGCGCCGGGGGCACCUUCUGUGCUGGGGCGGAUCUCAAGGCUAUCCUCUCCUCCGCGUCCUCUUCUGACGCCGGCAACCUGCUCGAUCCGAACCUGGACGCCCCCGCGCCGAUGGGCAUCACCCGACUGGCGAUGAACAAGCCCGUCAUUGCGGCGGUGGAAGGCUUUGCCGUCGCGGGCGGGUUGGAGCUGGCUCUGUGGGCAGAUCUGCGCGUCGCUUGCGAGAAGUCCCACUUUGGCGUGCUGUGUCGCCUGCGGGGCGUACCACUGAUAGACGGUGGCACGGUGCGGCUGCCUGCGCUUAUAGGCGGGUCGAGAGCUGCCGAGCUCAGCUUGACGGGCAGACUUGUGGGCGCGAGAGAGGCGGAGGCGAUGGGGCUCGUCAAUUAUGUCGUACCAAAGGGUGAGGGAAAGGAAGGGUGGUCAAAUGUGAUGGUCAAGGCGCUUGAGGUGGCCGCUGGGAUGGCGGCGAAUCCACAGACGUGCAUGCUCAACGACCGAACGAGCAUGCUCAAUGCCAUGUAUCCAACGGUGGAGGGGCCGGAGAAGGCGGGACGGGAUGGGGCCGAGGGAGUAGUCGAUCUCAGACUCAAAGGAGGGCUAAGGACCGCAAUGCAGAGAGAGUUCGAGUUAGGGUUGAAUAGUCUGGAAAAGCUCUUCGAGGAGGGAGCGGUGGGUGCCUUUGUCAACAGAACGGGCGAGCAGAGGGAUGCUGAUCGCAAGGCGAGAAGCAAGUUGUGA